AUGGGGCCGCAGGCGGUGGCAAUCGUGGAGAGAGCGGAGGACAUGGAGUUGCCCGAAGUGGAGGUGGAGUUGGGGAAGAUGGAGGUGGAGUUAGAGAAGAUGGAGGUGGAGAUGAGCAACUGGGCAAAUGGUAGUAGUGCAGCUAAUAUUCCAUUGCGACUACCACCACCAGCACCGGCAGCUUGUCCAAAAAAUGCACUGAAACUGAGCGUUGUUUGUGCUAAUGUGCUCGGCAUACCAGUCCGGCCCGUAGGCGGAUUAGUUACUCCAGUAGGGAAGCCAUGCUGCAAACUCAUUGAAGGGCUUGUUGAUAUUGAGGUUGCAGUUUGUUUUUGCACUGCCAUUAAAGCCAAUGCUUUUGGUGCUAAACUUGACCUUCCUGUUUCCUUGGUUAUGUUGAUUAACUAUUGCGACAAGCAACUUCCCCAGGGCUUCAGAUGUGAAACUUAA